GUCGCUGGUGCGGGAGGACCGUGUGGCCAGGGCAGGCGCGGCCCCGCGGUGACAGCCCCGGCGAGCACCAUGCUGCCCACCCGGUUGUGCAUCAUGAGGAAGCUUCCUUCUGUUCUGGCUAGGACACUCACUUCUGGGACCAGUGCCUCCCCGGGGUUUCCUGACAUGUCUAAAGGACAGUCACCCAUUCAUGUGAAUAAUGUGCGGAGCAAAUUGAGGGAUAUAGUGGGAGCAUCUACCAACUGGAGGGAUCAUGUGCAAGCAAUGCAAGAAAGAAAAGCUCUUCAUACUUUACUGGCAAAACGACAGGAAGAUCUCCCUCCUAGGAGAAUGAAGGAUAGCUACUUGGAAGUUAUUCUACCUCUAGGAAGUCAGCCUGAAAUAAGAGAAAAGUACCUGAAUGUACACAACAGUGUGAGGUUUGGAAGGAUACUUGAAGAUCUUGACAGUUUAGGAGUUCUUAUUUGCUACACUCACACCAAGCAGGAAAUGCAGCAAAGGUCUCCUUUAUCCAUAGUUACAGCUCUGGUGGAUAAAAUCAAUUUGUGCCAGAAGAUUAUACAUCCAGAUUGUGACAUCAAAUUCACAGGCAAUGUUUCCUGGGUUGGGAAGACCUCCAUGGAAGUGAAGAUGCACAUGCUGCAGCUACAUGAUGGUGAUUACAGCCCUGUGUUAGAUGCAACCUUUGUCAUGGUGGCCCGAGACCCAGAGAAUAAACGGCCAGCAUUUGUUAAUCCACUCAUUCCUGAGAGCCCUGAGGAGGAAGAAAUCUUCAAGCAAGGGGAAUUGAACAAGUUGAAGAGGAUUGAAUUCAGCACUGCUUCCUUACUGAAAAUGGCUCCCACUGCAGAAGAAAGAAACAUUGUGCAUGACAUAUUCCUUAAUACACUGGACACAAGGACAGUGAGUUUCCGGAGUCGUAAAUUGCCACCCAAUUCAGUGUGGAUGGAAGAUGCAAAGCUAAAAGGCCUGGAGAUUUGCCAUCCUGAGGAACGGAACAUCUUUAAUAGGAUCUUUGGGGGUUUUCUCAUGAGAAAGGCAUUUGAACUAGGAUGGGCAACUGCUUGCAGCUAUGGGGGUUCCAGACCCUUUAUUGUAUCUGUUGAUGAUAUCAUGUUUCAGAAGCCAGUUGAAGUUGGAUCCUUACUACUGCUUUCUGGACAGGUCUGUUACACAGAAAAAAACUACAUCCAGAUUCGAGUACACAGUGAAGUUUACAAUGCAAAUACCAGGGAGCACCAUACUACCAACACUUUCCAUUUUACAUUUAUAUCAGAAAAUGAGGUCCCACAAGUUGUACCUAAGACAUAUGGAGAGUCCAUGUUGUAUUUAGAUGGAAAGCGACACUUUACUGCAGUCAUGAAAGAAAUCUGACAGGCACUGGGUGCUGCAGCAGCAAUGCAGCAGCAUGCUGUCUUGGCAAAAGCUGUCACCAGAGGUGCUUGUAAUACUCAAAGAAAAACCCAACAACUGCCCAAAACCAAACCAGCCAAACCCAAACUCCAUACCAAAACCUGCCUUUUCAGUACUCUUCAUGUAUUUGCAUAUAUUUGGAUUUUUUAAAUUCUUUACUACUAGAAUUUGUUGAAAUCUUUUACAUGCCAAUGCUAGGAAAAGAGACUGAAAAUAUGCAGUCUUAGGCUUUGGAUAGACUGUCUGCUUUGAGAGAUCACUUUAUAACCUUUUCUGUCCUGUCACCAUCUGCUGCCUUUCUCUUAGCAGCUCUCCUUUGUGUUUCCCUGAUAAGGGAUAGAAGUUCUGUCAGAAAAAGGUGUGCAAUAAGUAGAUAUACACGGGUGAAGCAAUUUGACCUACAUUCUUGUGUAAAUUAUGUUAAGGGUCAUAAUUCUUUUUUGAACAAGGAUGUAUGCAUCUAAGUAGCAGCAGAGGCUCAGAAGUUACCAGUGUGUGCACAGUGGAAAGCAGGUGUUUCCCAUCACUGGGGAUUUUACAAGGUUAUUGCAGCUUCUUUUUGGAUGGUUUCAUGUUCCCUUGAGAGGAGACUGAUUUUUGCAAUGAAGUGAGGUGACUAGAUGGUAUUUUCUGGCACUCUGUUUCCUUGCCAGCCUCUUCUGAUUUUUCGUUUGUUUGUUUUAAUAUAUUAACUGUGAGUUCCUUAGUGAAUUAUUGCUCAUGGCUUGGAGACUAGAGGUCUGAUUGGUGAGACUGGGUUGGACUGGGAAAUGGUAUUGUAGAACAGAACAUUUUUGUUUAUUAAGGACUGGUAACAAAAAAGGUAAAAUGCUGUCCAAAUGGUAAUGGUGAUGUUUGGUGCUGCAGUUAGGAGUCCUGAGAAUCUGUGUUGAGCAACUCCCAGGUCAGUUGCUCAAUGAUGAGAGGAUCUUUAUCCCACUGAGGGGUGGUACAGCUGUCUCCUCCUCAGCUGGAUUAUCUGUUCCCUUGGUGGACUGUAGUGCAGUAUGAGUAUUGUACAGCUCUGAAAGUUGUCAAGUUUACCUGUGAAAGGACAGAGGGAACACCAUGGUGAUCAUGCUAUGGCAAAUAAAUAACAGGAGCAGAGUACUUGAUACUGAAGUGCUUCCGAUGUAAUGGAGAAAGUUUUAAUAAUCUCCAGUUUUUGGCACAUAAAGCUCAAUUUCUUGAAAUCAGGAAGCUGAGUGGAUGGGAGGCAUCAACUUUUAGCAGUGAGAAUGUCACAAGCAUGAAAAUGGAUCUCUGGUUCGUUCACAUCAAGAUUGAUGUCCUAAUUGAUCAGGACACCCGAAGAGGAAUUGGGCUCAGGGGUUAAAUAUGAUGACUUACAAUACAUAAGAACAGAUUCUGGCUUCCCUGUGCGGUUUAAAAUCUUUUGAAAAGAGGAUGCAGGAAAUAGGAAUUAUGUCAAUCAGCACAGAUACAUGAAGCACGUUGGUAAAAUAAAGCAGCAUGUUGAGCUUUUAUUUCUAAGUAAGAAGGCCUGAAAUAGUCACAAUUUGGAGCAGUUUCCUUUGGUGCUAGGAUGGUAUGAAGUUCAUGACCCCUAGCAGCUCUUGUGAUUGAGCAUUGUAAUAACCAGCAUGUUAUACAUCAACCUUUCCUUCUUAAGAUUCAGCUGCUGUACUGGAUGAGUUAGGUGGAGGAGGCACAGGGGUGUGACCUGAUCCAGAGCAGAUUCAUGCAUUGUCCUGAUGGUAAGCUCUUGGUUCCUUCCAUAGGGUUUCUCUCUUCAGCCACACUCCAGUGCUGACUCAGCUCUAUGACAUUAAAAUCUUUUUCUUUAGGCUA